AUGCAGUCCCCGACCCUUUCUCAAAGGCAUGCGGCCCUCUUCAACUCCACAGCUGUGCACGCCUCUUUUGGCGAUAUAGAGCUUGCUCAGAUCACUCUGCGAGAGGGCGUGAAUCGCGGCCUGGAUUUUGAGGGUUGCCUGAAAAGCACAGAUGACCCUCAGCUCGUCAGAUUUCAGGGGUCACCACAGAUCGUGAUACAGCUGAGGAAGUUUGCAGAGGCAGUGCGGCGCAUAAAGGGCGCGGUCGGAACGGCCGACAAGCCGGCGGCCGCGCCGAGCGGCCGGGCCGGGGCGGCGGCCGGCGGCGUCGCCGAAGGCGGCGGCUAUCUCGGCCGGGACAUGUCCAGCAUGCUGCGCACAGAGAUGACCGGCAUUGACCCUUCCCUCGGAGGCAUCUUUCGGCGAGUGGCAGGACUUCUGGUGACAGGUCUUGUGUUGGGAUCGGUCUUGUUCUAUGUUGGCUUAAAACUGGCAUUUCCCAAUUACAACUAA